CUCGGUCACGUGACGCAAACAUUUGAGCAUGAUGGCGGCGCCCAUAGAGAGUCUGCUGAAUGAGAUCUAUGAGUCUGAAGAUCCGAUCGAGGAGCUCAAAAGCCUCCGGACCGCCGUUUUAGCGACGCCGGUGAGCGGACUGAGGCAGGCGGUGUCUGGAGCCCGACUGGAGAUCAUAUUCGGCCUUUUAAACACAAACGACAAAGAGCAGAUCGAAGUGUGUGUGGAAAUCCUGAGUCGUGUUCUGCAGGCUCUAGAACCCAUCCAGCUGGCUCAGAACUAUAAGACGGCGCUCCAGAGCGGACUGAACCACCCGAGCGACUCGGUCAAAGUGCUCACGCUCACUCAGAUCGGCCGUGUGGCCGGUCACGCCGAGGGAGUGACCCAGAUGCUGAACAGCGCAGACAUCCUGCGAGAUGUUAUUCAGUGCAUCAGCGUGGAGCGUAUCGCCGUGGCCAAAGAGGCGAUAGCUGCCCUUAGUAAACUCAGCACCUCUAAGGCGGGGCUUGAUGCUCUGUUCCGCUCUGAUUUGCUGAACAAGCUGAAGGAUGUGAUGCUCACAAAUGACAUCAUCAGAUACAGAGUUUAUGAGUUGAUAGUGGAGGUGUCCACGGUGUCUCCGGUGUCUCUGGGUUACUGCGCCAACAGCGGCUUAAUCUCACAGAUGCUGGAGGAACUGACCGGAGACGAUGUGUUGGUCAGAGCUACUGCUAUAGAGAUGGUGACUAAUCUGGCUCAGAGUCCUCAUGGCCGUCAGUAUCUGGCACAGCAAGGCAUCAUGGAUAAAAUCUCCAACAUGAUCAUCGCUGCAGAAUCAGACCCCUUUUCAAGCCUUUACCUGCCAGGUCUGGUGAAGUUCUUUGGCAGUCUGGCGAUCGUAGACAGUCCUCAGCAGGUUUGUGAAAAGUACCCAGUUUUCCUUGAGGUGGUCUUCUCCAUGGCGAUGAACCUUGACCCCACGCUGACUCCCGUUGCCUUGGAUACUCUGGGAGUGCUCGGCAGCACAGUGGAGGGAAAACAAGUCCUGCAGAAAACAGGAGAGAAGCUGAGGUGUGUGCUGAAGAGAGUGAGUGAAGUGUCCUGUGAUGGAGCCACCGAUCUCCGGGUCAGAUGUCUGGAGGCUCUGGCUCAGCUGCUCUCGUUACCCGUGGAGCAGCAGACGGAUGACCUGUUACUGCUGACCGAGUCGUGGUUUCACUGUCUGAGCUCUCAGCCCAUGCUGAUGAUCCGAAACAUAAGCACACAGCCCUUCCCCGAGCUCCACUGCGGCGCGCUGCGAAUCUUCACUGCCGUGGGCUGUCAGCCGUGGGCUCAGCAGCUGAUGAUGGACACUCCUGGAUUCGUGGAGUGGGUGAUGGACCGCUCCGUGGGGACGGGGAAAGAAGCCAAGGAUUGUAAGUUUGAGCUGGUGGGGGCGCUGCUGAGCUCGUCCAGCGCUAAGGAGAUCUUCGGAGCGCACAACUACUUAAAGCUGAGGACCUACCUCAACGAGGGACCCUAUUACGUCAACGCUGUGUCUUCAGUCACCACGGAGGGAGCCGACUAAUAUACACAUUUAUACACACACUUCAGUAAGAGUUUUUUCUGUUGAAUGAUCGGAUCAAAUGUGACCAAGCUCUUUAGACAGUUUACAGCACUUAAAACCCAGAGCGCUUCCAGGUGUGAAUGCACUAUGAUGAAUUUGAUUCUGUUUGUAUGUUCUUGUGCCAUUAAAAAAAGUACAUUCGA